AUUUGGUGUACCUGAUGUCUUGGUUGUGUCCAAUACCAACUAUCAAGAUGUAAAUAACCAUUAUCAUCGUGAAUUCAGAAUCUAUACACUCAUGAAAUGGAUUUUACGUGUACAUCGUCGUGAUGUUGAGAGAAAAGUGCCUCUUGUCAUGGUGGAUGCUGGUUCUAACCAUGGUCUCUUUUCUCUCGUGGCCGGUGCAAGUGGUGCACACACAAUUGCUUUUGAACCACAAACUCAUUUACGAAGCAUCAUUAAUAUGGCAAGUCGUUUAAAUCAAUUGGCUGAGAGAAUUAGAGUCCUUCCAUUUGCAGUGUUGGACAAAUUCAAAAAAUUAGCAAUGGAAAAAGUGGAAAUCAAUGACGGCGGUAUCGGUGGACUUUCUUAUGACAAUCCCAAUGCUAUGAUCACUACACAGACCAUUCGCCUUGACGCUUUACCUGCUUUUGAUCGUGUGUUUCCCAAGUCUGAUAGUGUCAAGAAAUCACUCAAGAUUGAUACCAGUCGUCGCAAAGACAAGACGAUCAUGGAGCCUGAAGACUUGGGCAUUCAAUAUGCAGAUGAAAUCAAUCGCGCUGUAGACAAUGAGACUGCCGAAAUCACAGAAUCCAUGUUGUUCCGUCAACCUAUUCAUUUUCUCAAGAUUGAUGUAGAAGGAUUUGAGUUGCCUGCUUUACGAUCUGCUGCUGCUUUGUUUGAACAAGGUCUUGUUGAAAACACUGUCUUGGAGUUCGGUCCCCCUUCUCGUUGGGAUGUUACUGUGCCUGGUGCCUCAAGAAUGCCACUUGAUGAGGUUCGUAAACAGACUUUGAAAGAAGCCAAAGCUAUUUUACACCGUGCUGUUGAUGAAUGGGACUUGGAUAUUCAAUUAUUACCUGCUGAAGGAUGGGAAAAGAUGGUACGCUUUAUGUUGGACCAUGGGGUUGAUGAAAGUAAGGGUGAUGAGACCAAGAACAAAGUGGUUCGUAAAUUGCUUGCUUGGGAUUUUGAUAAUUUACCUCAAGACAAUGAUGAAUUUGAAAAGGAACUUGAAGCAAAGAGCAAUCUUGUCACAGAAUUCAUUCGACUCCCACCUCAUCUAAUUGAUGCUUACUUGGAAAGCUGCCAAUCCAUUGGUGAAAUGUAUUUAUGGUUUACAAAGAAAGACUCUUCAAGUCCUGUCUUGCAAAAAGUGAUUUAAUAUUAGAAUAGUUUUUUUUCGUUGUUAUUGUUAUUAUUGAAAUAGAGAUCCUAUUUUUUACUAUAUGGUUUCACUGUU